GUGAUCUUCCGGAAGAGGUAUUUCUGUUCGGAAACAUCUUCCAGAAGAUGGAAUCCAUCUUCAACGGCAUCAUCGUCAACAGCUGAAUAUCAUAAUCAGCUAAACAUCAUCAUCAUCAUCAGCUAAUCAUCAGCUGAAUAUCAGCAUCAGCGGCUAAACAUCAUCAUCAGUUAAACAUCAUCAGCUGAAUAUCAGCAUCAGCGGCUCAACAUCAUCAUCAGCUGAAUAUCAGAAGCUAAGCAUCAGCUAAACAUCAUGAUGAGCAUCAUCAUCAUCAGCUAAACAUCAUCAUCAGCAGCAGAUAAUCAUCAGCAUCAACUGAUCACUGUGGGUGGUGAGUAGCUGGUGAGGAGCUGGUGAGUAGGUGGUGAGUCACGAUGGACUACGAGUUCACGGUGAGGCUGGCUGGUGAGCGCCAGCGUGUGGAUGAUUUGUUUGAGUUUGAGGGCUGCAAGGUUGGGAGAGGAACGUACGGUCACGUCUACAAAGCCAAGCGCAAAGACGGGAAGGAUGAGAGGGAUUAUGCGCUGAAGCAGAUUGAAGGCACCGGGAUAUCCAUGUCAGCAUGCAGAGAGAUCGCGCUGCUGCGGGAGCUAAAGCACCCCAACGUGAUCGCCCUACAGAAAGUCUUCCUGUCUCAUGCGGAGCGCAAAGUGUGGCUCCUGUUUGACUACGCAGAGCACGAUUUGUGGCACAUCAUCAAGUUCCACCGCGCCUCUAAGGCCAACAAGAAGCCUGUCCAGCUGCCGCGUGGAAUGGUGAAGAGCCUCCUGUACCAGAUACUGGACGGGAUCCACUACCUACACUCCAACUGGGUCCUACACAGAGACCUCAAACCAGCGAACAUUCUCGUGAUGGGUGAAGGGGUGGAGCGUGGAUGUGUCAAGAUCGCUGACAUGGGCUUCGCUAGACUCUUCAACUCCCCUCUGAAGCCUCUGGCUGACCUUGACCCCGUGGUCGUGACCUUCUGGUACCGAGCACCAGAACUGCUGCUGGGAGCACGACACUACACCAAGGCCAUCGACAUCUGGGCUAUUGGCUGCAUCUUUGCUGAGCUGCUCACCUCCGAGCCGAUCUUCCACUGCCGCCAGGAGGACAUCAAAACGAGCAACCCGUACCACCACGACCAGCUGGACCGCAUCUUCAGUGUCAUGGGAUUCCCUGCAGACAAGGAGUGGGAGGACAUCCGGAAGAUGCCUGAACAUGCAACACUUAUCAAAGACUUCCGUCGCAAUAACUACGUCAACUGCAGUCUCGUCAAGUACAUGGAGAAGCACAAAGUAAAGCCGGACAGUAAAGCGUUCCACCUGCUCCAGAAGCUGCUGACCAUGGACCCCACGCGGAGAAUCUCGUCGGAGACGGCCAUGCAAGACUGUUACUUUCAUGAAGAGCCUCUGCCUCAUACUGAUGUGUUUGCUGGGUGCCAGAUUCCGUACCCCAAGCGAGAAUUCCUCAAUGAGGAGGAGAGUGAAGACAAAGCAGAUAAGACCCAGCAACAGCAACAACAACAACAACAACAGCAACAACAACAACAGCAGCAGCAGCAGCAGCCCGGCAACCAUGGCAACCACGGUAACCACGGCAACCACGGUAACCACGGCAACCACGGUAACCACGGCAACAACAACAACAACAACGGAGGAGGUGGUGGUGGUGGUGCCGAGGGGGUCCACGGAGGUGUCCAAGGGCCGCCCAACAAGAAGCCUCGCACCCAGCCUCCCACUCAGCCCAGCGCAGGGACUGGGGCUACUACCUCGGGAGACUACCAGGUACUCACUCAGCGGACCGGAUACCAAAACUCAUCAGCGCAGGGAUCAGUGGCACCCCAAGCUGGCCUAGGAUACACAACAUCAACCCAGCAGGGAUCACAGUACACUCACUCACAGACUCAUCGCUACUAACUCACUCACAGUACACUCACUCACUCACA